AUGUACCGGAACGAAAAACACUGCGGCCGGGCAAUCCAGAACUCCGGCCUCGAUCGUGCCGAAGUCUUCUUCACGACGAAGAUCCCGCCGGGUUCGAUGGGGUACGAGCGCACCAAACGCGCGGUCGACUCUAGUCUGCGAGAAGCGGAGGUGGAUUAUUUUGAUCUAAUCCUCAUCCAUGCUCCGUACGGCGGCAAGGACGCCCGCCUUGGUUCCUGGCGCGCUCUAGUUGAGGCGCAGGCGGCCGGGAAGACUCGGUCGAUCGGCGUAUCUAACUAUGGCAUCCAUCACCUCGAGGAAUUGGAGGAGUAUAUCAAGGGCGGCGAGGGCGGCGAGGGCCGCGGCAAGAUAGACGUUGGGCAGUACGAGCUGCAUCCAUGGCUGGAUAGAUCGGAGAUCGUCGAGUGGCUUAAGAAGCGCGAUAUCGUGGUUGAGGCGUACUCGCCGCUGGCGCAUGGGUAUCGGCUCAACGAGCCUGUUCUGAAGACCUUGGGGAAGAAACACAACAAGUCUCCUGCGCAGAUUAUGAUCCGAUGGAGCUUGCAGAAGGGGUUUGUUACGCUUCCCAAGUCCGUUACGCUGGCGCGCAUCCAGGAGAACGCGGAUGUCUUUGACUUUGAGCUCUCGGAGGAGGAUAUGCAGGCGCUCAAUACGGGAGAGUAUUCGCCGACGGAUUGGGAUCCUACUGUCGAGUAUGAUUGA